AUGAUAACCAUCUAUGCACCGACAUUACUAACUUUCGGGCAAUUAAUAACAACAGCCAGAUGCAUCAACCUGGCAAGCUUCCUCUCCUUCUGGGGGUGGGGUGGAAUAUCACCACCAGAUCAAAAUGGAACGGAGAAGAAUAAUAAGAAUGGUCAGGAUACAGAAAAAUUGAAAAAACAAGUGGAUGACUACUUGGACGAGAAGAUAAAGAUUAACCUGCGCAGUAAGAAAAUGAGCUAUUUAAAGCCUAUAUUUAUAAAUCCCGAGACGGAAAUUCAUUACUACCUUAGAAGUGAUGGCAAUUACGAUGAGCUCUAUGCCAAGUACCCCCUAUGUGAAGCUAAGUACAAAAUAGCAGAUAAAUUAAAAGGUCUUAGUAUAUUCCAGAAAAUUAUGAACAACAAUAAAAAGCUAGCCCUACUGAAGACAUGCAUAAUGGAGAUGUAUGGUCUCCUAUACGUUACUCUCAGGAACACCAACGACAUUUUCUCCGUGGUUGCUACUGUGUAUGGGUACAUACCAUAUGCAUUCAUGCUUGCAACAUUACUAGGGUUCCUACUAACUUCUAACAAUAUGUUGCUUUACUUUGUUUUUAUUAUCCCUACCCAGUUGACAAUAAACGAUAUUAUAUUGAAGAAUAUUCUAAAAAUGAGUAGACCGAUUCAUAGUGCACUACAGUCUUAUGGAAUGCCAUCCGGACAUAGUUCCUUUUCUUUCAGUUUACUGACCUUCCUGAUACUGCAUCUGCUGGAGGCUAAGAAGGAUAAGUGGACCAUAAUGGCCUGCAUCCUUGCUAUCAUUCUCCUCUUACCAAUACCUUGGAGUCGUGUUUACAUCCAGGAUCAUACCCUGUAUCAGGUUAUCUUUGGCAGUCUGUUGGGAUUCAUCAUUGGUGUCGUGUUCUACAUGAUAAAGAAGCAAUUUCUGAAACAGAAGGAUAACACCAAGUAG